AUGGCCAAUGCUGCGAGUCCAUUCGCCCCCCUCAACCUGGCACACCAUGACGCCAACUACCUGAGGGAACUCGUCCACGCCUUCGUGCAACAUCAAGUCGAGAGUUACGAGCGGUACCUGCAUGACGAUCACGAACGUCUCGACAAUAAACGGUGGAAACAAAUUCUCCAGCGGGACAACAUGCGGGUAUUUUCGGAGCUCGAGACCGCGAACCCCGCCGACGACCAAGGGUACGUCAACCAGCAGCAAGCGCCCGAGCUAGCGGAUCUACCUGCUCUACUGGCCGUAGGACAGAUGGAGGGCGCGUUGGACGACGCCAUGUACGGUGUAAUGACCCCCACAGUGACAUCCAUGCGUCUCAAGUACUUCUACACAGGAGAUCAAUUAGCUAACGGCGCAGUGCUGGCAACCAUUGAUAGCCCCUCGACUAUAGACCCGUUCCAGUCACUCACUGUCAAGUGGGUCGAGGGCUACCAGUCUCCAAUGCUGCGUCCUCUUGUUAGUAGCCGCGACUUCGUCUACAUGGAGGCGACGGGUUUCACCAAGCUAAGCGACGGGGAACUGGUAGGGUACCACCUUCUCCACUCGGUCCACUUUCCUCAGACCCCCAAGACGCGCAAUAAUACGCGUGGUACGAUGUCCAUCUGCGGGUUGUACAGACAACGGAACCACAGUGCCGUGGAUUUAUACUGUCGCGCGUCUGUGAACUCGGGGGGACGCAUACCUCGCUCUAUGGGCGUAAAAUACGCGGCCGUGUCACUCAUCUCAGCGAGAAAAAUGAUCCGCUGCGCUCAUCUCAAGAAGCUGACGUGGCUAUUGAGAGUACGCGAUACGAACACCAUCAUCCGAGGGGAGGCUAAGUGCAUCGGCUGUGGCCAGAAACCUGGAAUUUUCGCCACCGAGAUCGGCUCAUGCUCGCUUUGCAAGCGUGCGCUGUGCUCAUCAUGCAGAUUGAUGGUCGAGCUGGGCUUUGCCUCUUCAAAUGGGAGCUUCUUCAAAAAUAAAAUGUGGUUCUGCUCGUACUGCGUGGAAGAAGCAGCUCGAACGAGUUCGCGUGCUGUCGCGUGUGGAGAAUAUACCGACUCGAGGAUAGUGGAGAGAACGCCAUGGAGCAGUGGACCGACCAACUCAAGCUCACCGUCUGGAUCGGAACGCAGCGAUGACUGGGGGUCACUGGACAAACGCUACCUCAAUCUAAUGCCCAGAUAG